UUAACGCUAAACACAAUGAAAGCUUUUGCAGUUUGCUGGGAAAAAUGAUCUCUCGUCCUACUUCGCAUCAUGAUGUAAUGCUGCUUUUCCCGGGGUGCUGAUUUCUGCUGCAGUUCCUCUCGAUGGAAAUCCAAGAGGACAGAUUUGGUGCAACGCAUGCGAUGCCGCUGUGCGACGACAGUGGUGGAGACAUAUUUGACUGUAUACAAAGAGGAGAUGUUGAACAGUGUAUACUUUUCGUGCAAAAUGAUCGAUUAAUCCUCAAGCAUAAGGGCUGGGGUGGAUUCAGCCCUCUCCAUUAUGCUGCCCUCCAUGGAAACCGCUCCCUAGUGGACUUCUUCCUCAGUGCUGGUGCAGACCCCAAUGUUACAUGUGAUGCAGGGCAGACUGCUUUUCAUUUUGCCUGCAGGCAGGGAAACAUCUACAACAUGCAUAAAAUGGUGCAAUACGGUGCAGAUUUGCGGCUUGUGGACCUGCAGGGGAAAACAUCCAUGCAUCAUGCAGUUACUGGGGGCAGCAUAAUCGCCGUGCACUAUCUGUGGGAGACAGGAAUGUUCCGAUUCUCUGACACUGACAUGUACAAGGUGACCCCUCUUCACCUCGCUGCAUCCACCGGCAAUCUAGACAUGAUUCGCUAUUUGCUCAAAGACCAGCGGUGGGUUGUGAAUGCAGUUGACCAGCAGGGAGCAACAGCGCUCCAUGUUGCAGCAGAGAGGGGCGCAGUAGAGGUAUGCUGGACUCUGCUGCAGAAGACCGGCUGCUUUAUGCUUCAUCUGAGGAACUACAGCGGCCUCACCCCACUGGAUCUCUGCAAACAGGGAAGAACCUUCAGACAUCAGCAACUUGCCAAACUGCUAAAGCGAUACAUAAACGAGCCAAUACAUCACAAGCCCAGAGAAUCUGAUGCGCUAUACUACUGGACGCUGCUUUUUCCAUCUGUUAGUGGAGCUGCCAUCCUGCUGAUAGCAGCCAUGUUUGGAGGCUAUGGGGGCCUUGUCUGUGCUCUCCUCUUCCCAUGGCUGGCCAGAAGCAUUUUCACUCAGUAUCACCGCAUGACCUCGUUCCAGAGGUUAGCUAAUCCAAUAUACCUGGGGACGCUACUGGCUGGUGUGAUCCAUUCCCUGGUGUGCUUCUGUGGAAGAAUUAUGCCUAGUGUGUGGCCCACUAGCACUAUCGCUCAGGUGUCCUGUGUCCACUUCUUCAUACUGGUUAGUCUCUUCUACAUGGUUCUGACUCAGGAUCCCGGGGUUUUAGAUCAAGCAGAUGCAGAUCCUCGGUUUUCCUGUAUUGCUGACCUGGUGGAAAACAACCAGAGCCCUCACAGGUUCUGUCCGUACUGUGAGCUUUUCCAGCCGGACUAUACAAAGCACUGUAAACUGUGUGAAGCAUGCAUCUUAGACUACGACCAUCACUGCCUUUUCCUCAACCGCUGCAUUGGCCGGGAGAACCACAGACUCUUCCUCGUCUUCAUCCUCUCGUUGGUGACCGCCCAUCUUCUUUUCAUCGCCUCAGGGCUAAGUUACCUGUACGGCAUCAUGCCAGAGGCCAGUCUUAGCUUCUCAAUGUGGCUCACUUUGUUAGGAGAGGAGUUCUGGGUUGUAGUGUUGAUGAUUAUGAAUGCACUUACUCUCCUGUGGGAGGCGUGGCUUCUGACUGAGCAGUUUGAAGCCAUCUCAGCCAGAACGACCACCUAUUUUAUUCACGGUGAGGUUGACGUAAAGCAGAGGCCACUGGGGCAACGCUUGGCGGUCGUAGCAGCCUUUGUACUCGAGGGACGCAAAUCUGUUGGCCUCAGACAAAAUAGAGAAGACAAAAAUGCCAUAGACAUUUAAGUGAUGGUUCGACUCUUACAAAGCUGUCCUGUUGAUCUCAGCAUUGUUGCUCAUGACCAGAUUUAAAGCUUCAGAUUGUUCAAAUGUAAUGAUAAUGUUUUGCUGAUUCCAUUGCUAUUUAUGAUUUUAAUGUAGAUUUUUCUGAUAGCAGCUGGGACUGACCUAAGACACAAAGUGGUUAGAAAAACUGAUACGACGAAUUGCUAGACGUGACUCACAAAACAGAAAUCAGUCAGACCAAUCCUAUUACAUAAUCCCGUUCAGAAAUGAGUAAAGAAAUAAAAAUGAAACAAAGUGACUUAGAAACAGGGUUGUAAAGGAAUAACAAAGUUGAAUCUAACAGAGUGCACAGAAGGAGAUAAAAAAACAAAAAACAAAGUCAGAUUAUAUCUAAAAGAACUUAAGCUUGAAAUCUAAACCACAUAAAACACAUCAUUUUGAAAUGGAUAACAGAUUGAAUACAAAGGCCAAAACACAACAAAAAAAUAUUGAUACAUAUGAGGAAAGAAAUUCUCUUAAUUCUUCCAUCUGCUGAACGUCUGCCCUUUCUGGGUUUUCUUUUAAAUUACUCUCUCUUUUCUUAAAUUUUUAUUUGUUAAAUCUAUUUUCCAAACUUCGAUCAUCCUUUCCUUCCAACGUUCAUUUUAGUUUUACUUUUGUAUGUUUUUCUUUUUCCAUCUCCUUUAGUCUUUUAUUUCAGUUUUUUGCAGGGUUCCAUAUUUACAUUCAGUCCAAUGUAAAAUCCUUUUCUAUGCAAUCAAGUAAAGUUUUGUUUUUAUGCUUUAGACUAAACAGGAGCUCUGGAAAUGUGGAAAAGUGUAAAAGUUAUGAAAACCAAGGAACCGUAAACAUACACCUGGCUGUAGAGUACAUUUACCAGCAAAUAUUCUGACUGCUUUACUGAAUAACUAUGACUAAACAUUUUAGUGGCCUUCUAUACUGCUUCUUUUAUGUGUUUGAUUUAAUUCUGUUAUACGUUAAAUGUUAUUAUUUUAAAGAAAUGUAUCCCAUAAGCAAAACUUUUAGUUAACCCCUGAGCAAGCUUGCGAUAGUAGUUAACCAACAGAUGCACUGAGAGACUUUGCUUCUAAUUUUAUCCUUUAAGCUCAUUCCAACCAUCAGGUUUCCUUUGCUCCUGCUAAUGAGACGUAAUAUUUAAUGCAUUCUGUUAAACGUGUUAAUUUCCUAAAUGUCCCACAGGACCAUAUUUCCAGGUAAUAGAUGAUGGUCCCCACACCCCUCUGAGGCUGUUUUGUCUGGACUGUGUGAGUAGCUCAUCAUGUAAUGGGAUUUAGCCUCUCAUCCAAUGAUGUGAUGGAGCAGACCAUAUUUAUUGAUAUGAAGUGCUGUUAAAAGUAUUUCCCUACAACUGAGUUGCCAUGGUAUUCAUAGCCCUUGAAUUUUCUUUACAUAAUGUUGAAUUUCAGUCACAAAAUUGACUUUAUCUUAUUAUGACCUUGUGCAAUAGACAGAUACAGUGGGGAGUAUUAUAUCUUUACUGUUUUUUUAUGUUUAUUUCCAUUCAGCUCCCUUAAGAUUACAUUUUGUUGAAUAACUUAUAUCUGACCAGGAACCUUUAUUAACCACAUAUCCUUUGUUGUAUUUAGUUCUCGACUCUGAUUGAGCACUUCUAACACAUGGGGUUACUCAGGAUCUUAGGUGUAUGUGAACAGUUAUUUAGUCUUUUUAAUAGGAUUUUUCCCAUAACUCUCCUUUCUUUGAUGAGAAUUAUCAUCCUGCUGUGCAUGUCCCUGCUUUAUACCUCCCAAAACUCCUAUACCCCUGUCCUGUUUGGUGUUUUCCUUGGUCUUCCUGAGUUAAACCUCUGAGACCUUGACAGCUGCAUUUCUACUAAGAUUAAAUUACACACUGGGUGACUGAUUUGGUUACUUCUGAAGGCAGCAACAGAUUUUAUUUACAGGUAACAGAGUAAAGUACAGAAAUCUGCCAUACCUAAUGAUUUUUAUGUAAAACUCAUGUUAACUAUUUUGAAAAGGAGUCAUUUUAUCAACCACUUCACAGUUUUGCACUAUAUUAUUUAUAUAUGUAAAAUAUAGAAUGUUUUACUUGUAUGUGUUUCGCCAUUUUUAAAUCCACACCUGGUUUGUGGCUGCUGUGUUCUAUCCUAAAAACCUGUUUUGAUUUUGUUUGUUUUUUUAAAGGAUGUCAUGUGUAUUGAGGUUUAUAUGUGCAGUUAUGUUUAUUAAAAUGUUUUCCUUUUUGAA